CCCAAGACCAAGUCUUAGUAGCAACUUCCCUUCCUCAGCUGCCUAAACUUUUUUCCCUGGUGGCUGGAAAGAAGUGUCACAUUUUGCUCACUGCCAAGCCUUCUCCCCCACCCCCUGCUAGAGAACGCGUGCGGUGUAGGGGGUGCUGUGAGCCACCUCCCGCCUCGGUGGCUGCUUAAGCAACUUCAGCGCCUCUCAUCGGAGCACUAUGAGGUGCCUCGGGAAGCGCAGGGGCCGGACAGCUGCUUUCCUGCCUCUCUGCUGGCUCUUUUUGAAGAUUCUGCAACCAGGGCACAGCCACCUUUAUCACAACCGCUAUGCUGGUGAUAAGGUGAUAAGACUUAUUCCCAAAACAGAAGAGGAAGCAUAUGCACUGAAGAAAAUAUCCCAGCAACUCAAGGUGGACCUGUGGCAGCCCAGCAGCAUCUCUCAUGUAUCAGAGGGAACAGUUACUGAUGUCCAUAUUCCCCAGAAUGGUUCUCGAGCCCUGUUAGCCUUCCUAUGGGAAGCCAACAUCCAGUACAAGAUCCUCAUAGAAGAUCUCCAGAAAGCACUGGAAAGGGGAAGCAGCUUACAAACCCAGAGAAGUCGAAGGUCUCUUCCUGGAUAUAAUUAUGAAGUGUAUCACUCCUUAGAAGAAAUUCAAAAUUGGAUGCAUCAUCUGAAUAAAACUCAUUCAGGCCUCAUUCACAUGUUCUCUAUUGGAAGAUCAUAUGAAGGAAGAACUCUUUUUAUUUUAAAGCUGGGCAGAAGAUCACGACCUUACAAAAGCGCUGUCUGGAUAGACUGCGGUAUUCAUGCCAGAGAAUGGAUCGGUCCUGCCUUUUGUCAGUGGUUUGUAAAAGAAGCUCUUCUAACAUAUAGAAGUGACCCAGCCAUGAGAAAAAUAUUGAAUCAUCUCUAUUUCUAUAUCAUGCCUGUGUUUAACGUUGAUGGAUACCAUUUUAGUUGGACCAAUGAUCGAUUUUGGAGAAAAACAAGGUCAAGGAACUCAAGGUUUCGCUGCCGAGGAGUCGAUGCCAAUCGUAACUGGAAAGUGAAAUGGUGUGAUGAAGGAGCUUCUGUGCACCCUUGUGAUGAUACAUACUGUGGCCCUUUCCCAGAGUCCGAGCCAGAAGUGAAGGCCGUAGCUAACUUCCUCCGAAAACACAGAAAGCACAUCAGGGCUUACCUCUCCUUUCACGCCUACGCUCAGAUGUUGCUGUACCCCUAUUCUUACAAAUAUGCACCCAUUCCCAACUUUAGCUGUGUGGAAUCUGCAGCUUAUAAAGCUGUGAAUGCACUUCAGUCAGUAUACAGGGUACGGUACAGAUACGGACCUGCCUCCAGAACGUUGUAUGUGAGCUCUGGUAGCUCAAUGGAUUGGGCCUACAAAAAUGGAAUACCCUACGCAUUUGCUUUUGAACUACGUGACACUGGACAUUUUGGAUUUUUACUCCCAGAGAUGCUCAUCAAACCUACCUGUACAGAAACCAUGCUGGCUGUGAAGAAUAUCACAAUGCACCUGCUGAAGAAGUGUCCCUGAGGGAGCCUACGGGUCAGGUCAACUGCCAGAGAGAGCAAGCUGAUCUGAGCAAGAGCUACUUGGUGCUGGGUGGAAAUUGUUUUUAAAGAGAAGGGCAACUGCUUAGAGCGAACAUAUCUAUGGACUUUAAAAAGAUCUUCUCAUGCAAUUUGACACUUUGCAGCAAUAGUAAACAGGAAAAAUGAGGGCAUAGACUACUUUGUUAUAAGAGAAAAUGUCCAUUUUAUAUCCUUUUAUAGUCUUAUUUGAUUACAGAAGGAGGGGAUGUUUUCAAAUUUCUUUGCCUCAAGAAAUGUACAAAUUAUUUGAGGCUUUCCCUUCAAUAAACCUCGUGUUCUCAACUA